UUCUCUCUCUCUCUCUCUCUGCAGACACACCCACACAGACUGAGGCACAUCUGGAUCUCUGAUAUAAAUAAUGUGUAUAAAUAGAGCAGAGGUUGAGGGCAGUGAGUGACUGGAAGAUAGUAAAAUAGGCCCUCAAAUACUCGGCGUGGUUCUUCUGGUCUUUCCGAGUCUGCGAUCGAUCUGUCUGUCUUUCGUUCGAUCACAUCGGAAAACUAAGAUAAAUUACUAAGAGAGGAAACCAACAAAUCCAAAUGCUGAACAAUAUCGGAAAAAACCUUAACCUCUGCCUCCCCAAGAUCAAACUAGGAGUUGCCGCUUCUGCGUCGCCCCAGCAACUAGAUCGCCGCCCCAACCCCUCCUCCGUCGACGCCUUCACCAAUUUCAACUCUCUCUACGACCUCACCGUCGAUUCCCACUACGACGUCGACUCCACCUCCGACUCCGACGCCGACGCCGGCCCCAUCACUCCCGACCUCACCACCGCCUUCGCCUCCCAACGAUUCUUCUGCUCCUCUCCUGGCCUCUCCAACUCCAUCAUCGACUCCUCCAUCUCCCCCUCUUCCUCCUCCUCCUCCUCCGCUGCCGCCGCCCCGCCGCCUCCGGACGCCCUCGUCGGUGGCGCCGUCCCCAUACCCACGUACUCGCCGGACCCGUUCAACGACUUCCGCCGAUCUAUGCAAGAGAUGGUGGAGGCACGUGACUUGGUCGACGUCAGCGCCAACUGUGACCGCCUGCACGAGCUCCUUUCGUGCUAUCUUUCUCUCAACCCCAAGAGCACCCACAAGUUCAUCGUCGAAGCCUUCGCCGAUCUCCUAGUCUCUCUGAUGUCGCCGCCGCCGCCGGCGGCCAAGAGUCCCGACCGGAAAUCUGAUUCCUCCGGACAGUGUACGUAACGUAACGAAUCGAAUAAUGUAAUUAAUGCUGUUUUUGGGAUGCUACACUACAUCGAUCAAUUGGGUUAUCAUAAUCUCAUCUUCCUUUUAUGGAUUUUUUUAAUAUGGAAA